AUGCCACUCGAUCCUCAACCUCCACCCAUUGCAGACAGCAUUACCACCCAUGUCGGCUUGACUCCCAUGGUGAGAUUGUCUCCUCACAACCAAGUCCAACUACUUGCAAAACUUGAACUCGCCAACCCCACUGGAAGCCACAAGGAUCGUGUCGCUCACAAGAUAAUGAAAGGUAUUUAUGAAUACAUGUAUGAGGAAGAAGGCACUGGUUGUGUUAAACAAGGGAACAUCGUAGACCUUGGCAAAGUCGAUACAUUGAUCAUCCCCACUUCCGGCAACUUGGGUAUCGCUGUUGCUGCCGCUGCUGCAAAGACCCACCGUGUCAUUGUCGUUGUUCCAGAAAAGACUUCCAUUGAUCGUAUUCAAAUGCUCAAAGCUCUUGGUGCUGAGAUCAUGCGUUCACCAACCGAAGCACGACCAGAUGCUCCCGAAAGCGCUUUCUCUGUUGCAUCCAAGUUGAAGGAACAAUUACCCAAUUCACGUGUUAUUGAAGAGACCAAGUUGGAAGGAAUCUAUUACGACGAGUUGGCAGAGGAGAUUAUGCAGCAAACACAAAUGAGACUGGAUCACUUGUUUGUUGGCGUCGAAUCCGGUCUUAUGAUCACUCAGCUUGCAACGGCAUUAAAGGCCAAGAUCCCUGAACUUCAGGUCUUUGGUGUGGAUCCUACCGAUUCAGUUUUGGCUGUUGGAAGUAUUGAACAUGGUCGCACGGAUUGGAAGAUUGAAGAUUUAGGAAGCAACUUUGUACCAAAGUCCUUAGACCGAUCCAAGGUAGAUGGCUGGUUCAAGAUAUCUGACAAGGAUGCAUUCUCUACUGCUCGUCGUCUUAUCCGUGGUGAUGGCAUCUUUUGUGGACCAUCAUCGGGUGCUGUGGUUGCAGCUGCCAUUCAACAUGCAACUACGCUCUCCCAACACACUACGCAUGAAUAUCGCUCAGUGGUCAUUUUGAAUGAUACGGCCAAGAAUUAUGGAUCCACCUUGUUGAAUGAUGAUUGGCUUUUGGAGAACAACUUGGCUGAUGAUGUGAUGACUCAAGAACUCGAAUUCCUCUCUACGGAUCGCUACCGUGCAGCAAGUGUUGAAGAUCUACAGCUUCCAGCAGCAGUAACCAUUCCUCCCACGGCAACCGUAUCCUAUGCAUUGGAUCUCAUGUUGGAACGUGAAUUCUCUCAACUACCGGUCAUUCGCACUGACAACAAGAAAUUGGUUGGAUACGUAUCAUUGACGACGCUUCAAGAACGAUUGGAUCAAGGUGUCAUUCAACCCAAGACAGCAGUACAGGAUUGCAUGUUCACCUUCAAGAAGGCCACUGGUACAUUAAAGUAUCAAUUGAUUACCCCUGAUACCAGCUUGGCGGAUCUUGCCAAAUUCUUUGAAAAGAACUCAUUUGCUAUGGUUACGGACGUCAAUCGAAAGUGGUGCCUUGGUGUAGCUACGAAAUACGAUUUAUUGAGCUUUUUGCAUCGACGACAAUUUCUAUAA